AUGCGUUUACUGCUUGUCAUCUGCUGUUUCGUCUUGACAUCAGCAUCAACAUCACAUCUUGGACACACACAAGGUACAUUGACAAUCGACGUGCUUACUUUCGAAAAGAUUCUACACCGCUUCGAUGCCGUUCUGAUUAAAUUCGAUGAUAAAUUUCCUUUCGGCGGUUUACAAGAUGAUUUCAAAUCGAUAUCAUUGAGUGUCGUCAGGUCGAAAGAUUUCAUCAUCGCCGAAGUUCCUGUGACUGACCGCGAUGAACAAGAGAAUUUUCUCUUUGCGCUCGAUUAUCAGGCGUUCAAACCGGAAUUUCCCAUCUACAGAUUAUUUCUUAAGGGUAAACCUAAACCAAUUCAUUAUACUGGCGAUCGAUCGGCAGAUGAUCUUCGACGCUUUCUUCUACGACAUACAAAUGUUUGGCUUGGUUUGAACGGCACAGUGGAAGUUCUGGACGGGAUUGCUCGCGACUUUUUUGAUGCAACCUUUGAUAAGAAUGACAAUGAACGAGAUGCGAUAUUAGACAAAGCACGAAAUCUAGUGGCAAGUAUGGAUAAUCAGAAAGAGAAGGCGAGUGGUGAAGUAUAUGUUAAAAUCAUGGAAGCGGUUGUUAAAAAUGGCAUCGACUAUUUCAAUCGUGAAGUACGACGCAUUCAGAAUCUUCUCAAGGGAAAGGUUAAUAAGGAGAAGAAACAAGAAUUAGUAGAACGUGAGAGUAUUCUUCUCUCGUUCAAAUCACUUCGAGAAACGACAAAUGAGAAUGGAGCUACGGCUGAGCAAAAAGAAGAAUCGACAAAUAUCAUGCCUCUUUCAUUCGAUUGGCCAUUUCCAGAAAAACCAUCGAUAUUCUAUAAAGCAGUUUCAGCCGUCACGAUUGGACUUGCCGGGUCACUAAGCAAAGCUUGGAUGAAAUACUUAACUUCAGUUCAAGUAGAAAACGGUGAAAUUCUUGUCAAUGCUGUAUUAAAUCGAGAUCCCGAUCGACCCUUGAUUACCGUUGCUAAUCAUCAUUGUUGUAUGGACGAUCCAUUGUUACUCGGAGCGACUUUACCAUUGCGCACUUUCUGGAAUCGUCAUCGAAUGCGUUGGGGCAUUGGUGCUGAUGAUAUUGUGUUCACCUUGCCAAGACACCAGUUGUUUUUCAGUUUGGGAAAAAUAAUACCCGUGACCCGAGGUGAUGGCGUGUAUCAACGGCCGAUGGAUUUUGCUUUAGAACAAAUCAAUCAAGGUGGAUGGGUGCACAUUUUUCCAGAAGGAAAAGUAAAUCUAUCAAAAGAAUUUAUGAGGCUCAAAUGGGGUGUUGGUCGGCUGAUUGCCGAGGCAACUAUAUGUCCUCUGGUUGUUCCAUUUUAUCAUCUCGGGAUGGAUUCAGUUCUACCGAAUACAGAGCCAUAUGUUCCUCAAAGGGGCCAAAAAGUUAGCAUUUAUGUCGGGGAACCAUUAGUCUUCGAUGAACUUGUACAAAAAAUGAAAAGCGAAAACCAAUCAUUGCAAGAAAUACGGAAGGCAGUAACUGAUAUAAUUCAAAAUGAAUUCGCGAAAUUGAAAGUCAAAUGUGAAGAACUACAUCGAAAACAUCUUGCUGAUUCGAUUUCGUCCUAA